AUGCGGCUGGCGAUUCAUUGCGCGACAAUGUGUGCUGCUGCAGUCGCAGUUUCUCGCAUGGUUGGACUAGAACGCGCGACGGUUGUCAGCGUUCCUCUUGCCAGCGCAUUCGGAAUCCUGGUCGCGCCCUAUGUCAAGUCAACGCUUCCCAGAACGAGCCUGCCGAAGGCCAUCAUGGCACGGUUACCGGUCACCCCGAACUACCAUAUUAUCCUGCUCGAGCUCGGUCUGCUCUCGUACUUCGCAAACUUCGCCACCCAGGACACUAACCGCCCCAUGCUGGAGUCUAACGCGACAGGCAUAUCACUCGCUCUCAGGGUACUGUGGAGUCGGCUUGAAAACGUUCGACAAAACGGUUUGAUGCCAGCGGUCCAUCUUGAUAUUCCUUAUCUUCCAAAGGACUUCGUCUUUUACUAUGCAGGCAGUCAGACAUAUCGAUACGCCAUCGCUAUGCUGUUAUUCAAAGACUUGCGUUUGCGGGACUCCAGCUUCUAG